CUCACUCAACCCUUUCUUUUAUUUCUCUCUUUUUUUUUUCUGCACGUCUUUUGCUUUCUUUCUUCAUUGGGUUGUAAAAAGUUAUAUAGUUGCUGGAGAUCUUUUAAUACCUUUUUCCUUUUUUGAUUUUCAGAGUCUACGAUCAUGAAGAUCAAAAAGUCUCCAUCAAAGAAACUGGCAUCGCUGCCUUCUGCACUAAGUCUUGCUGUGAAGCAUCUCGAGCAAGAUCCAGAAGACCAGAUUCCUAUUUGGACCGAGAAAGUCCAGGAUUGGACUUUUCCACGAGGCGAUCUAUUUCAUUGGACCCAUGUGCUCAAUCGCUUUGACUCGAUCUUGGAAAGAAUUUGCUCAGAGUACGAUCUCGACAAAUUCCAAACCAAAGUCUUUGACUCUUCCACCAAACGCUUGCUGUUGGCCAUCACCAACUUUUCAAGGACCCUUUUCGAAAAUUGCACCAAUAGAAAUAUCUACAACUCAUACGAGCAUUUAAAUUCAUUGCUUAAUACGUCGGAUAUGGAUGUUUUGGAAGCGGUAUUGCGUCUGAUGUUGCGUCCGGCGCAGCGUGUGAAUAAUCCUCGAGCUAUUCGGUCGAGCUUCAUUGCACCUCAAGAUAAAAGUAUUGAGCUCGCUCGUGGCUGGUCAGUCGACACGCAUUUAGCCAGUCUCUGUGAUGACAAUAUGGUCAUUACGGAAGAAAUGACAACAUUGAAAUUGCAAUAUUACCUCACGCGCACCGAUAACAACCAGGAAAACGAGGGUGUCAAUACAAUUUCCUUGCAACUGGCGGGCGAUACACGAGACGACAGCGAGAUAUUUGCCGAUUUGGUGAAGCAGCAUAGUAUCCCCCUUGAAUACCAUUUCGAGCUGGCCAAUCGUAUCCGCAUUGCCAAACACAUCAACCAACCCACCGAACGCAGGCAGUUGCUCAUUAUCCAAAUUCUCGCCAUUGCCAUCAUGGCUCACACGGUAUCGGAUACAACGGCUCAGAAUCGCGUGUUUGUGUAUGAACCUCAUCUUGUCAACUACCUCGCCGAACUUAUACAACCUGAGAAAUCCAUUCCCUACGAUGUUCAAACAUAUGCACUCUUUGCCCUGGAUGCCAUUGCAAGACAUCGAAGUAAACUCUCGGAGAUACUCACCGCGUUCAACGCAUCCGCGAACCAUGGUCCUUUGCUUCACAUUCUUCGUCACAUCAACACCGACAAAUCAGAACUUCCUCAAGGAUUCUUGGAUGCGCUUUUCACGCUAUUGUCGUACCUGUUACAGACUCAAACAGGAGGUCAAAUGCUGAUGUCGGCCGGUAUCAUUCCCACCCUACUACAUAUCGUUGAAAAUCAACAGUAUAUCCUUGUCAAAAAUGUAACCAAAGUGGUGGGCUUAUUGGAUACCAUUGUGAACUCCGUAUCCACUUCAUUCCCAGCUUUCUGUAACGCAGGCGGAUUGGAUAUCUUAUUGGCGAGAAUCAAGACCGAGGUAGAGAAUUGCAUUCAAGCAACGUUUGCUUCCAGCGAUUCAAUGGAGGUGGAACCCAGUCACCAAACUACUGAGGACAUGGAAAAUUCACUGGGGGCCUUGGCUCCUCACAACCGACUGUCGCUGGUGAAAACCAUGUUGAAGUUUUUGAUUCGUAUGAUGGAAUCCUCAGGCACCGCCGAUGGAUUACGUAACUUGAUCGAUUCAUCCUUGCCCAACUCUUUGAAACUUAUCAUGGAGAACCCAAAGGUGUUUGGCAACAGUGUAUUUGCACUAACGACCAAUGUCAUUACUACGUUUAUCCAUAAUGAGCCGACUUCGUUACCCAUUUUGCAAGAAGCCAAACUUCCGCAAAGCUUCUUACAAACCAUCACCAAUUACGACAAUGCUACUAGCGAAGUCUUGAUCGCGGCAGUUCACGCGUUUGGUGCCAUCUGUCUCAAUCCUCCUGGUUUGGAAAUGUUCAAUCAAGUGAAACCGUUACCUCACUUCUUCGACAUGAUGACGAGUCACGAGUUCUUGCGACAAUCGUCGGAAAUCGAUGCGUCUACCAAUCUAGGCAGCACUAUGGACGAGUUAAUUCGCCAUCAUCCAUCCUUGAAGCCCGAAGUAUUUUCGUGCAUUACUUGCAUGAUCAAGAAGGUGAUGGAAAUGGGUCGUAGCGAUGUCGGCAAACCAAGCAAUAACAGCCAUCUACUGCAAUUGACCAAGAAAGCCGGAACGAUGGAUGUGGAAAUGUCGGAUCGGGAAGAUACCAAGACCGAAGACCCAAAGGCUGAAGAGAAGGUGGAAUGUCUGCUCGUAUCUUUUAUUGAUCUGAUCUCCAGAUUUCUCGAGGGGCUAUUCCAAAAUCAGUCCAACAUUCGUGAAUUUGUCAAAGAAGGAUGCCCUGAAAUGUUGUUGGAUUUCUAUUCACUUCCUUUCCUUCCCGCGGAUUUCUCAGUUUCCAUUGCUUCAGAUUCGUUGGCAUACCUCUUCCGUCUCAUCACUGAAGUGAGCCCAUUGCCCACCGUACUUGCUAUCAGUGAAAAGGUCAAACAGUCCAUUAAAAACACCCUCGGCAAUGACGAUACAUCAAGAACCGAAAGCAUGGUCAAGGACUUUAUCGACAUCAAAGACGAUGAAACCGAAAAAAUCGAGCGUGGAAACAAGUUGUUUCGUCAACUGAUUGAAAUGUUUGGUUAUGUUGAGCUUCUUGCCAACAUUUGUUGCUCGGCCAUUCUAACCCAUGGCAAGAAUGGGAUCUCUCUGGUCAACGAAUUCGUGUCUCAAGACGAUAAUGACAAUAUCAUUUUGCUUCUAGGUCAUUUGCAUAGAUCCAUGGUGUGGGAAACCAUUUUAUUGCGUGAAUCCGUACCGAAAUCGUGGUAUCAAUUCAAACCCGCCAAAAAGGGAGUGAACAAUCUUUCCACUGAGAAUCCUUUGGGUAUCUCGAGUGGUGGCGAUGCUCAAUCAUCGACUUCCGAACCCUCGGCCAGUUCCUCUUUGACGGAUAAAAAGCAAGACACCCCCGACGCCAAAGAUCCUCGCAUCAUGAAUAUCAAACACUUUAAGCUCUUUUUCAGUGAAACGCCUCCUGCUUUGAUGCCCGUAUUCCAAGGCUUGAUCAAAGUGGCCUGUAGUCGACGCAUGAUUGAUACCAAUUUCCGACAUCAAGCACUUCGAUUAUCGGAAUUGAUGACGAGGAUCAUGAAGAACAGUUUAACCUGGUCUCAGACAAAGGGGGAAAACGCACCUCCGUGCAAAUACGAUUAUUUGGCGUCCAUGUUCUCAAUGAUUUCCAUGUUGAUUCUUGAUGACCGUGCUCAAGCGUCCUUCCAAACGCCGUUGGUGGUUACAUUUGAGCGCCAUGGUGCAAUUGAUCUUUUGCUGGAGAUUUUGGAUGAGAACUGGCGUAUGGCUGAAGGAAUUGAGUCGAUUCCCGUGGAUCAGCGUGAAGAUAAAGACCAAGUCGAUUUAUUACCUCGUAUUGAUACCAGUAUCGAGCUUUUACUUGUGGUUCUCCAUCACAUCGGGUCUCCCAAGUUACUGCAUGAUUCCCCGGUGACGGCACCUCUCAUUUGUACAGAUCAGCAAUCGCCCAAUUAUUUUGAUCCUCAUGAAUGGAUGGUGAAUGUCCAUUUGAAAUUGUCGGCAUGCAAGAAGCAUUUGAACAGUCCAAAUCUUCACCAGUUCCCGAGCUUUGUUUUACGCACCUUGUUAAGAGUGAUCAUGCAGAUCAUGAAAGGUGAAGGGGAACCCCACACCGGCACCGAACCUCGCGCCUCCGGUACGACAACGUCCAUUUUGGGUUCACUUGCUUCGCCCAUGACCCUCGUUCACGCUCCUUUGACCCCCGAUCGUCGUGGAGUACAAAUCUUGGAAGAUAUGGGUUUCAAUCGAACUGCCGCUGAGCAAGCCAUGGUACGAUGCAACAAUCAAAUUCCUCGUGCGGUCGAUUACCUGUUUAGUCAUCCUACGCCCAUGAUCACCAGUAAUACCGAAGCUUCCUCGAAUGGACAACCGCCGUCUCAAGAUAAUACCACGCAAGAAUCAAAUGACGGAUCCAACGCCGAUACUUUUGAUGAAUCAGGCGAUGCGCCUUCAGUGCAAGAUGAAGACAGCGAUAUGGAAGCCGCCGAUGCCGAUGAAUUCAGAGACAUGCUUUCAUCCGCUUUUGAUCUUUCAACUCGUCCGUUGCCAUCCUCGACUCGGCCGUCACGGUCCCCUCAAUCGGACGCCAACGACAAGGGCAAACAAAAGGCGCCGACCGCGAGGACGGUUGAACUCAAUGAUAUUCGAUCAGGAUUGAAAGAUGCACUUCCUUCCAUUUUAUUGGACUUGGUGGAAAAACGUGACGACAUGGUCUUUGAUGUGCAUGACUUGUUGUCAGUCAUUUGCAAAGGCGAAGGUGCGAAUGCGACGGCAGAGCGAAUCUUGUCUUCGUUGACAACGCAUAUUGAAGAAACACUGAAAUCGGAAAAGGCGACUUCGACGACCCUGAGAACCCAACUUCGUUUAAUGGCGCUCAUGUUGAAAGAGCAGCAUGUGCAGCCUAUGGUCCCUGAAACCGCACUCCGUCUGUCUUUCCUGUUCACCGUCAUUGAAUCCUCGAAGGAAAUUGCCGAUCCCGACCAACCGACGCCAGCAUGGUUGCCUGCCGUAUUUCUUGUACUCGAAGCCAUGAUUUCGCAAUCGGAUGAAUCGAUGAUUAACGCCGCGAUUGAAAAACUGCAAAAGGAGAAUAAUGCUACAUCGACCAAGGACGACAGUGACAAAAAGCAUUUUGUCAUGACCGAUCACCAACGGGAUGUGUUACUCAAGACUUGUAUUCACAUUCUCAAGAAGACCAAUGUAUUAAAGUCGGAUGCCUAUGCUGUGCUUCGUAUCAUUGUCCGUAUCACCAAAUACAAUUCGGUUGCUUUGCAGUUUGUCGAACUCGGCGGUCUUGAACUCUUGUUCAAUCGACCGCUUCAAUCCAUUGACGGGUUCAAGAGUCAUCAAGCCUUCAUUAUCCUGAUUCUGCGGCACAUCAUCGAAACCAAAUCUGUCAUCACGGAACAUAUGGAACAAGUGAUUCGCAAUUGGCUCACAGAACCUCGUCCUCGUCAUUCGGAAGUUGGCUACUUCCUUCGCGGCAAUGCUCAUUUUGCUCUCCGCGAUUUGGAAUCGUUUAUUAAUGUGACGACCAAACUUUGCAAGCUAAGUCGAUACAACGAAACCGAUACGAAUCGCCAAAUUCAGCUAAAGUCGAAAGAAGAAUUGGAGGAAAUGGAUGCUUCGACUGAGAAGACGACAACGGCGGUUGGACCCAUGGAAGCCAGCAAAUUCGAAACUUCCAUCCAUCACGGCAGCGACGCUCGUGCACGUUCGGAGCAUUCCGAUUUCGUCAUUAACCAUAUUCUGAAUGAAUUAUGGACCGUUCGUCAUGAAAAAUUGGAAGCGCCAGAAACCACCGAAGACAAUGAAGAGACCAAGAAGAAAAAGGCCGACCUCAAGUACGGUUACACGGGCUUUUUGUUGCAGUGCCUUGCCGAAUUGGUGUUAUCAUACGAAUCGUGCAAAUACGACAUUUAUGUCUACAGUCGUCGACGUCACAGCAAUGUGGCCCGUCCGCGUCACUCGUUAUUGAACAUGUUGAUCAACGAUCUGUUACCUUACAAUGCCAUCAAGGCGACUGAGGAGAAAUCGCGCAAGGAGCAAGUGCUUUCCAUGUGGACCGUUUCGGUGUUGGUGGCCAUGUGCAAUGAGACGGGAUCCAAGAACAAGUCCGAAACGAAUACGAGCGGUAAGAAUGAACUGACCCAAAUCCGAAAGUAUGUUUUGGAAAGUACCAUCCGGUCUCUCAAAGACGCGAUUGGUUCAACGGAACCGGUGGCGAUGAAAUACAGCAAAUAUCUCGUGUUGGCGGAUUUGUGUCAUCGUCUGCUGAAUGCCGAACCCAACUUUUACUGGAGCUUAUUACGUGCCAAUAAGGAUGAUGUGUCGUUGGAAAUGGCCAAAUUGAUGCUUGAGAAGAAUUUUGUCGCCACGUUGACCAGUGCAAUCAGCGAUGUGGAUGUCAACUAUCCUCAAGCCAAGACAGUUCUCAACGCGAUGCUGCGCCCCUUGGAACAGUUGACCAAGUUGGCCAUCAAGAUUGAAAACACGGCGGCCAAAGAAGAUAAAAAGCGCGAUGACAUGCAAGCAUUUGUACCGACCGAUUCCGGUGAAGAAGAUGCCCCCGAUCUGUAUCGUAACUCUGCCCUCGGCAUGUUCGAUGGCAGCGUCAUGGAAGAAGAUGACAUGGAUGAUAUGGGCAGCUCAGAAGAAGAAGACGGUAUCAGUUAUGACGAAGAUGAUUACGAUGAAGAAAGUGGUAGCGACAUGUCGGACAUGAGCGAAGAAGAAUUGGAUGACGAUGACAUGGAUCAAGAAAUGGACGUGGUGAUGCAUCGUCAUCGCUACGAUUCUGAUAUGGAUGAAGACGAGGAUGAAAGUGAUGAAGACGAUCAUGACCAUGAUGACUCGGACGAAGAUUCUGAUCAUUCGCUUAAUACGGACGAGAGUGAUGACAUGGAUGACGAAGACGGUCGUGAAAUGACAUGGCACCUUGAAGAUAUUCAAGACGAAGAUGGUCCCGUGUUACAUGUUCGUACCGAAAUCGAAAUUGAUACCGAUGACGAACCCACUGAACAUCACCGACAUCGUCGCCAUGCACCUGACGCCUAUGAUGACGAGAGUCGGGAUUACGAUGUGCAUGAACAUUCCGAUUUUGAUGAAGACGAAGAAUCCGAGGCGUUUGAUGAAGAUGACGGUGAAUUAAACGACGGUGUACUCAUUGAUGAAACCGAUCUGGAUAAUCCUUUGCUUGCAGACGAAUUGGAAGCGAAUGAAGGUGAUGCGUUGGAAGAUGGUUGGCGAGCUGGUUCACGAUCCUUGGGCGGUAUUGGUUACGUGCCUCCGUUUGUGGGUGGAUCCGGUCUUGGAUAUCGACGACGUAUGGGAUUCCCUCGUGGUGGUCGACUUGCUCCAAGGGACGAUUUGUUCGUCGAACAUUUAGAUGAAAAUCACACCAUGCCAUUGUUUGACACAGGGUCGUAUCAAGUAGUGAGCCGACCUUUCCGAGGUCAUGGGGAUAACCGAGCCAGUACCAACAACGAAGACGAAGUGAUUACGCAUCCUCUCUUGACGAACCGCGCUUCUUCCAGCGCAACUGCCGAUCGUGGCAUGAUUCAUGCGCCGUCCCGAUCGCAGCGAUUGUCGGGGCUGGGUAACCUGCAAGCUUUCGAAGAUAUCAUCGGCGGUAGUGCGGUGCGAAUGUUGGAGAACUUGUUGAGCCAAGCCCCGGAUGUGGGUCACGGCGAAACAUUGCGUAUUGAUAUGUCGACACCGGCGCCUCACACGCAUCGAAGUGCAUUUGAUCUCGAAGCGAUUCCUCAUCAACCUCACACAAUGAAUCGAUCAACACCAAGAGACAAUGAAACGAUGCGUGACAUCAUUUCCAUUCUUCAGGAUUUCCACCCAUUGACUACGUCGCAACGCUGGCAGCAAGAAGUCAAGAUGCUGUACAAUGACAACAACGAACUUAUCACGGAAAAGAUUUCCAAAGUGAAGGAUGUUUUAGUGCAACGAUUGAUUCCUUACGCUAAAGAAGAGAAGAAGAAACUCGAAGAGAAGGAAGCUCAAGAUCGCCAGCGACGAGAAGAAGAAGAAGAUCGUAAACUAGAAGCAUGGAAGAAGAUCUUGGAUGAAGAAAAACAGCGCAGAGAAGCCGCCGAAGGCGAAGGCGAAGCCCAAGCCCAAGCCCAAGCCCAAGCCGAAGCUCCAACUCAAACUGAGGCACAAUCUCAGACGCAAGCUCCAUCCCAGACGCAAGUUCCCUCUGAGGCUCAAAUGCCAGCACCCGUUCCAGUUCAAACCGAGACAGCAGCCGAGAAUUCAAUGGAUGUGUCACCCGAAGAAACACCCUCUACGGCAGGUGCUGAAGGUGCCACCACCGAGGAAUCGACGGAGCAAGGCCGUACGACCAUCACGAUCAAUGGUGAAGCUGUGGACAUUUCAGGCACAGGUAUCGAUGUAGAAUUCCUUGAAGCGCUUCCGGAUGAUUUGAGAGAAGAAGUCGUGAAUCAGCACUUGCAAGAACGCCGGCCUUCCGUGCCAUCGGCUGCUGAUGAUUCUAUCAGUCCCGAGUUCUUGGACGCUUUGCCACCGGAUAUUCGCGAAGAAGUGCUCCAUCAAGAAGCCAUUGAACGUAAUCGUCGCGAUCGACAACGUCAAACCAGUCCCGGCCGUACCACGGCUCCUGCGACUACUCGACCGGAACCAACGACGAUGACGUCCUUGGAUGCUAUUGUUCGCGACUUUGGAGGUUUCCUCGAGAGUCAGAUUGGCACAAUCAACGGUAGCGACGAACCAGCAGCGGCGCCUUUCCGUAGCCGUUUAUUGCCAAGUCAUCGCCAUCCCUCUCGACGGGAGGGCGAGCCGUCUUCUUCAUCGUCCAAGAAACAAAGCGGACAUCGCGAUACUAUUCAGCUUGUCGAUCGAGCUCAGUUGGCGACACUCGCGCGUCUCUUGUUUGUACCUCAGUCCGCUACCAAGUCGCUGUUGAACCGAUUACUACUCAACCUGUGCGAGAACAGCAAAACGCGCGGUGAUCUGUUAUCGUUGUUGAUCUGCAUUUUGCAAGAUGGAAGUACGGAUCUGGCAGCGGUGGAUCGCAGUUUCAAUCAGUUAUCCCUCGGAUCCAAGGCGAAACAAGCGCCCAAGACGAAAUCGGCGGUGUCAAUGAACUUUGUUGGCGAAAACGUUCCGAAUUUGAUUACGCAGCGAUGUUUGGACUUUUUGCAUGUGGUUGUGUCAUGGAAUACCCAGUCGUUGACGUACUUUUUGACGGAAAAUGACAGCCUGGCCAACAUCAAGCGAAGCAACAGCAAAAAGGGCAAGGGCAAAGAAAAGCCGACCGUCCCUAGCAAAUACCCGCUCCUCGUACUGAUGAGUUUAUUGGACCGUCCCGUGUUCAUCAACAACUCGGCCCUCAUGGAACAAUUGAUGAAUCUUUUGGCCGCCAUGUGUCGUCCGUUCCCUCUGCUGGUAAAGAAGUACGAAGAAAAAGUCGAAAAUCAUCAGCAACAGCAGCAGCAGGUGGAAUCUCAAGACGCCGGCGAUAAAGCGAGCAAUGAACCUUCGGCUACUCCCUCGGUGAGUACGGACAAGCACGUUCCCAAACCGCCGACGAUCCCCGAACACUAUUUGAAAAUGGUGGUCCACGUUCUUACCCACGGUGAAUGUUCCAGUCGAACCUUCCAAUACACGCUUGGUGCCAUUUCUCACUUGGCCGCGUUGGACGGUGCUCUUCAGACGGUGACCAACGAACUGGUGGCAGCAGCCAAAAAGUCGGGAGAAAAGAUGCUUCGUGAUCUACAAGAACUGCUGCCUGUCCUUGAAAGCGCGAUGAGUGGUACCGAAAUCCAGGGUUCUUCGUUGGCCCAUUUCUCGGCGGCCACAUCUUAUCAAGCGAAAUUGCUUCGUGUGUUGAAAACGCUCGACUACAUGUAUUCUCGCAAAUCGCCGUCCAAUCAAGAUGACAAGGACAGCGAGGAGGAAAUGACCAAGAACGAGAAACAGGUUUUGCAAAUCUAUGAAGAUCUCGAGUUUCUGCCGCUUUGGAAGAUGUUGGGUCGUUGUCUUGCCGUGAUUCACGAAAAGGAAGAACUGAUCAAUGUCGCGACGGUGUUACUGCCUCUGAUUGAAUCGUUCAUGGUCGUCUCGAAAUACGCGACAGGGAAGGGUCAAGUCCAGCGGUUGAGUAACGAAGCGGCCUCGCCGAACCCGGAACAACAAGCAGGUGCGGAAUCGCCGGAUGAUUUCUUCUUUGCGUUUACCGAGGAUCAUAAAAAGAUUCUCAACAUCAUGGUGCGAAAUAAUCCAGCGUUAAUGAGCGGUUCGUUCUCUCUUUUGGUGCGAAACCCCAAGAUGCUUGAAUUCGACAAUAAGCGAAACUACUUUGUGCAGCAACUGCACAAGCGCACGGAACCUCGUGAACAUUUCCCUCCCUUGCAACUGAAUGUGCGUCGUCAGUACGUGUUUGAGGAUUCUUACCAUCAACUGCAAGGUCGUACCGGUGAAGAGAUCAAGUAUGGCAAGCUCAUGGUUCGGUUCUACGAUGAAGAAGGUGUGGAUGCCGGUGGUGUGAGUCGCGAAUGGUUCUCGGUGCUUGCACGUCAAAUGUUCAAUCCCAACUAUGCUCUUUUCAUCACGUCGGCGGCCGACAAGCUCACGUAUCAGCCGAACCGAGCGUCAUGGGUCAAUCCUGAUCACUUGAGUUUCUUCAAGUUUGUUGGUCGUGUGAUUGGCAAAGCCAUUUAUGACGGUCGAUUACUCGAUGCUUACUUUACGCGAUCGUUCUACAAGCAUAUUCUCAAUCGUGCGGUGGAUUAUCGUGAUGUGGAAGCGGUGGAUCCCGAAUACUACAAGAGUUUGGUGUGGAUGUUGGAUAACGAUAUCACGGACAUCAUUGAUCUCACCUUCAGUCUUGAAACGGACGAUUUCGGCACCACCAAGACGGUCGACUUGAAACCGAAUGGCCGUGAUAUCCCUGUGACGGAAGCGAACAAGCAUGAAUACGUCAAGUUGGUAACGGAGCACAAGUUGACGACCGCGAUCAAGGACCAGAUUGGUGCUUUCCUUCAAGGUUUCCACGAUGUGGUUCCUGCAGCUUUAAUUCAGAUCUUUAACGAGCAAGAAUUGGAGUUGCUCAUUUCCGGCUUACCGGAUAUUGAUAUUGACGAUUGGAAGAACAACACGGUUUAUGAGGGUGGUUAUUCGCCAUCCUCGCCUCAAAUCCAAUGGUUCUGGAGAGCCGUACGCAGUUUUGAUCAAGAAGAACGAGCGAAAUUACUACAGUUUGCAACCGGCACGUCCAAGGUUCCAUUGGAAGGAUUCAACCAUUUGCAAGGCUCCGGCGGUGUUCAGAAAUUCCAAAUUCACAAAGACUUUGGCGGCGAUGCACGAUUACCGUCUGCACAUACAUGUUUCAAUCAAGUGGAUUUGCCGGAAUAUGAUUGCUACGAGAAUCUGAGAAGCAGUCUAUUCAAAGCGAUUAGUGAAUGUUCAACUGGUUUCGGAUUUGUAUAAUAAUUAUGGCAUUUUUUCUACCUUUUUUUUUCCUCUGUCUCUCUGUCUCUCUCACUAUCUCUCUCUCUCUCUUUUCUUUUUAUUCUCGACACCUCUACAAUAAAUCAAAAAGUAAGCAAACCAACCCAUUGGCUUGGAAUAAAGCAACAUAAUUGAAGCAGCUGUGUGAGCUAUUAUGA